CUUGCUUGUCUACCAUGUCUGCGGUCGCCCUUCUUGCGCGAACGCGACUGUGCACGUCUUCAGCUCUUGCUCUGGCCCAAUGCUCAGGUUGCCACGCUGCCGCAAUACGCGCUAGUCUUGCCACGCAACAAAGACGGUUUUACGCGAAGCCAGCCAAGAAGUCGAAGAGCAAGGAGGACGCCACGUCUCACAAGAAAGGCGGCAAGGGUGUCUCAACAGAUGAUCUUGUUCCCGCAUCACAACGAAUCGCGUCCAGCGCGGAUUACAAAAACACAGAGAGCAAGAUGCAGGGUGUGCUGGAAUGGUACAGGAAGGAGGUCGCCGCGCUGGAAACGCGGGCCACUGGACGUGUCACUCCUGCCGUUCUCUCCCCAGUACGUGUCAAGCUUCCUGGCGCGACGGACGCCAGGGGCGUGCGAUUAGAGGAGGUUGCCACUGUCGGCGUGAAGGACGGAACGACAUUGUUGGUCACCGUAUUUGAAGAGCAUACCCUGAAGUACGUUGAGCAAGCUAUAUAUGACGCCAAGCUCCCCAGUAUCACCCCUCAGAAGGUAGAUACCCGCACGAUCAAGAUCCCAAUACCCAAACCCACUGUCGAGACGCGCAAUGCGCUGUAUACCACUGCGUCGCGCCAAGCCGAGGACGUGCGCGUGCAAUUGCGGAAGCUGCACCAAGCACUCCUGAAGAAAGCGGACAUCAACAAGCACUCUGCCGAUUUCUCUACAUACCAGGCUUUGAAUGAUCAGUGUAUGAGCGAGCUGGAACAGAUUCUCGCUCAUCUGAAGAAGAGCACCGGUUAGCCCGUUACCUAGAACUAGUCUAGAGUCGACGGUAUACUACUUUCACUUCGCUUUCGAUGUACUAUCACAUACUCAAGCACGUACUCAUGCUUA